AUGACUCAGAAAGAUGAAUACGUUUUAGGCCGAGGUAUUGGGGACUCGGUUAGGUUGGAUGCACAGCACCUGCUUUGGAAACUUCACAGAGGCUACGAGCUGCAUCCUGAUAUUCCCGUAACUGAGAAUAUGAAGGUUGCUGAGCUUGGGACAGGGACGGCCGUCUGGAUAUUUGACCUUGCAAGACAGCUUCCACCGACAGUUCAGCUGGAUGGUUUUGACAUAUCCGACGAUCAAUUUCCGGCAAAGGACUUAUGGCCCCAAAACGUUACGCUGGGACUUCUGGACUCUUUGGCUGAUCCGCCUUUACCUCUUUAUGGUCAAUAUGAUGUGGUGCACCUGCGGAUGUGGGCGAGCAAUCUGCGGGAAAGUGAUACAUCGUCGUUGGCCUGCCACAUCAAGCACCUCUUGAAGCCUGGAGGGUACAUACAAUGGGAAGAGGCUGAUUUGGUACACCAGCGUAUCAAAGGUGCAGAGGCACAAGAGUUCGAGCGGAACAUGAACGAGAUAUUCAAAAGGGUCGGUCUUGACUACAGCUGGGUGUCAGACUUGCCAAACCGCUUGCGACAAGAGAACUUCAACGUUCUCGAAGUAGAAAACGAUCACUUUAAGCCUGAGCUAGUGCAACUCUGCACGAACACUUAUUUGAUGGCUCUCCGUGAAAUCCUUCAAGGCAUCAAGAGGUUACUUGCACAGAAUAUGCUGCUUUCAAUUACCGAACAAGAGGAAGACACCAAUGCGAAGCGAGCAAAUGUCUUGUCUGCUCAACCUCCCCUGCACCAACACCAUCGCAUGCUCUGUUUCUUCCACAUGACUACCGGUGGCAUCGACGAAUCGCUACCUCGACCUUCUCCCAGUCGAUUUGGUUCAUCAGAUCACGCGUUGCCACUUGCGGCUUGGAUCCCCGGCGUCCAGUGGGUGACCAUCGUUGUCCUUGGAUGGCGUCUAGCGUCUUUCAAGCCUGAAAAUGAAGACACCGGGAGGAGCUGA